GUUGUCGUUUACAGAUGCCCGAUCGAUGGUCAUCCCGCUCACACAUUAACAAGGAGGAAGGAUGGUUCGAGACAGCGGGCAGAAAGUUUGCUGUUGGAAACGCUGUUGCUGCCUCUAGUGCUCAGUUAAGAUACCCACUUGACGGUCACCUCACCCGUAGAUAAGUCAGAAGGAUGGCUCUGGACAGCGGACAGAAGGCGCUGCUGUUGAAAACGCUAAUGGAGCUGGGGGAGGACGAAUUCGAGUCCUUCAAGUUCUGCACGGACCUGCCGAAAAGCGUUUGUGAAAACACCCGCCGUGUGUACAUUGCUAACGAGCUGAUAAAGAAGCAUGGCAAGAACACUCUUGACCAGACCAUCAUGCUUCUGGAGGAGAUCGGGAACAACAAUUUGGCCGAGAAGCUGCGGAGCGACAUGCUGAAAAUAGAAGGCGCCGUCUUGUCCGUCGAUGAUGAUGAUAAGAUGAACCGAUUGAAGGGGGAGCUGCAAGAACACUUGAAGGGUUCAUACAAGUUUGCUUCCGAGGACACCGCCGAGCGCUGGGAGGAUCGGCCUCUGGCGGAUGUCUACACAGAGCUGGAUGUCACCUACGGGGCAGACGUCAGCCCAGACGAGCGGCACGAGGUCCUCCAGAUGGAGACGUGUGCCACCACGGCCAAAGAGUCUAUCCUGCCAUGCAACAUCUUCAAAAGCCCUGACAGGAAGCGGCGACCGAUACGCACGAUGCUUACUGUCGGCUUCGCGGGAAUAGGCAAAACCUUCCUCAUUCAAAAGUUUGUGUGGGACUGGGCCAGCGGUGAAAAAAACCAGGACGUGCACUUCAUAUUUCCCUUCACCUUCCGCGAGUUAAACAUGGACAAAGAGAAGAGCUUUACGCUGGCCGAGCUAAUACGAUGUUAUGUCUGCAAAAACAGGCACAUGAGCAAGAAGAGACUGAACAAUAUAUUUGCCAACCUGCAGAUGUCUGACAAGCAGGACUACGAAAGCAGCAGAUUCAAGAUCUUGUUUAUCCUCGACGGACUGGACGAGUGCAACUUCAAAAUCGACUUGGAGAAUACGGGGAAAGUGGACAUGGACGUGGGGGAAACCUACCCGCUGGACGUACUGCUGGCGCAUCUCAUCAAUAGGAACCUGCUUCCGUGCGCCAGGGUUUGGAUCAGCACGCGGCCCGGGGCAGCCCGCAAGAUCCCCUCCAACCUCAUAGACAGCAGAACAGAGGUGAGAGGAUUCAGCGAUUCCAUGAGGCUGGAGUACUUCAGGAAAAAGUUCCCAAAUGACGAGCAUGUCAUUGAGCACAUUCGAAAAUCUCACACCAUCUUCAUCAUGUGCCACAUGCCCAUCUUCUGCUGGCUCAUCGCCAGAGUUCUUCAGGAUUAUUUGAAAAAAGGGAAGAAGGGAGAGCUUCCUACAACGCUGACCGACAUGUAUUCAGCGUUUGUUGGUCGCCACCUGGUAAAUUCCGAGGAGAGAAAUACAACAGAGUACAAACUUGACAUGAAAGCGCUAGCAAAGCUGGCCUUUCACCACACCAUGAAUAAUAAUCAGAUCUUCUAUGACAAGGACUUGGAGGACAGCGGCUUUGAUUACGGCAAAGCGGCAAAACACUGCGGUUUAUUCACAGAGGUGUUUAAGGAGGUCGAUCCGCUCAAAAGCAAGAAACAAAAGAUGUUUCAGUUCAUCCACCUGACCAUCCAGGAAUAUCUGGCCGCAUUCUACGUAAUGAUGUGUUUCUUCCACGACAAGAAGAACAUACUGGAUGAUUCAGGAUGGUCACUGGAAAAUUGUGUCAAGCUUUGGAAGCAGAAGAAAAUCACUCAGGUCCACCGGUCAGCUCUCCAGAAAGCCUCGGAGAGUGAAGGACACCUGGACCUGUUCCUACGCUUCCUCUUAGGCCUUUCCUUGCCAUGCAACAAUGAAUUAGUGAAGGAUCUGCUGAAGGCUCCUCAGGACUGCGGGCAAAGCAAGUCAAAGACAGUCAAGUUGAUCCGGAAAAGGAUCAAACGGAACACUCCAGAGAAGAACGUCAACUUGUUCUACUGCUUAAACGAGCUGAAGGACAACUCCUUGCAGAAGCAGAUCCAGCAGGAACUAAAUCAGGAGUCAGGGCGUUUGUCCAGGAGUCAAAUGUCAAAUGAGAUGUGGUCGGCCCUGGCCUUCUUCUUGCUUACAGAUGACAAAACCAUGAAGUCCUUUAAUCUUGCCAGCUACUCCCCAUCGCGGUUAGGCCUCGAGAAGCUGUUGGUGGUGGUCAAAGCUUCUAAAAAAUCAGAUCUGGCCAAUUGUAACCUGGACAAAGGCAGCUGUCACCUGCUGGCUUCCGUUCUCAACUCUCAAUCCAACCUCAGGCAUCUGGAUCUAAGCUACAACAAACUGUCGGACGAAGGGGUCGAGAUCCUCUCAAAAGGAUUGUCCAGUCCACACUGCAUCUUACAAGUCCUUAAGCUGAAAAACUGCAAGAUCAGGAAGCGAGGAUGUGUUUCAUUGGCCGAGAAGUUAGAACUCUCCCAUCUUGAAGAGCUGGACCUGAGUCACAACGAUCUGUCGGACGAGGGGGUCGAGAACCUCUCGAAAGGACUGGCCAGCCCACACUGCAAAUUAAAAGUCCUAAACCUGUCAGCGUGCCUGAUCACUAUGCGAAGAUGCCUUUCAUUGGCUGAGGCUCUAAAGUUAAACUCCUCCCAUCUUCAAGAGCUGGACCUGAGCAAAAACAAUCUGUCGGACGAGGGGGUUGGGAUCCUCUCAGAAGGACUGGCCAGCCCACACUGCAACUUAAAAGUCCUCAAUCUGUCCAAGUGCUGGAUCACGAAUCGAGGAUGCGUUUCAUUGGCUGAGGCUCUCAAAGUAACCCCCUCCCAUCUUGAAGAGUUUGACUUGAGCGAGAACAAACUGUUGGACGAAGGUAUCGAUACCCUCUCGGAAGGACUGGCCAGCCCACACUGCAUCUUAAAACUCCUCAAGCUGUCCGACUGCGGGAUCACCAGCAUAGGAUGUGUUUCGUUAGCUGAGACUCUCAAGAUAAACCCCUCCCAGCUUCAAGAGCUGGACCUGAGUUACAACGAUCUGUCGGACGAGGGGGUUAAGAUCCUCUCGAAAGGACUGGCCUGCCGACACUGCAAUGUAAAAGUCCUCAAGCUGUUAAAGUGCAAGAUCACAGGAGAGGGGUGUGUGUCAUUGGCUGAGGCUCUCAAGUUAAACCCUUCACAUCUUGAAGAGCUGGACCUCAAGGGCAAUCAAAUAGGAAAAAGAGGAGCGAGGGUCUUAUUGGAGAUCACGGAGGAUCCCAGCUAUAGCCUGAAGACUGUCUGGAUGACUCUGGACAGCGAGCGGAAGGAGCAGAUGGAGCUGCUGUGGCAAACACUGAUGGAGCUGGGGGAGGACGAGUUCGAGAAAUUCAAGUUCUUUUCGGACCUGCCUCAAAGGGUACGUGAACAUGCCGACCAGGUGGUCAUUGCUGACGAGCUGAUGAAGAAGCACGGCAAGAACGCUCUCAAGCAGACCAUCAACAUUCUGGAGAAGAUCAAUCACCUUAACUCGGCUGAGAUGUUGCGCAACGACAUGCUGGAAAUAACAGGCGCCGACUUCUCUGUCCAUGGUGAUGAUCAAAUUGCCAGAUUGAAGAGGGAGCUCCAAGACCACCUGCGGCGUUUAUACAGCUUUGCUUCUGAGGGCAUCACCGAGCGCUGGCAGCGGCAGCCCCUGGAGGACGUCUACACGCAGCUAGACGUCACCUACGGGACAGACGUCAGCCCGGACGGGCGGCAUGAGGUCCUCCAGAUGGAGACGUGUCCCGCCGCGGCCAAGCAGUCUAUCCUGCCGUGUGACAUCUUCAAAAGCCCUGACGGGAACCGGCGACCGAUACGCACGAUGCUCACCGUCGGCUUCGCGGGAAUAGGAAAAACCUUCCUAGUUCAAAAAUUUGUGUGUGACUGGGCCAGCGGGAAUACCAACCAGGACGUGCACUUCAUAUUUCCCUUCACAUUCCGUGAGUUAAACACGAACAAAGGGAAACGUUUUACGCUGGCCAAGCUCAUCCGAUGCUACGUUUGCGAAAGUAGGCACAUGGGCGAGGAGACACUGAACAUUAUAUUAGAUGACCUGCAGAAGUCCGGGAAACAGGACUAUGAAAGCCGCAGGAUCAAGAUCUUGUUUAUCCUCGACGGACUGGAUGAGUGCAACUUCAAAAUGAACUUGAAGAAUACGAAGAAAGUGGGCAUGGAUGUGAAGGUGGCCUACCCGCUGGAGGUGCUCCUGGCGCACCUCAUCAAGGGCAACCUGCUUCCCUGUGCCCGGGUUUGGAUCACCACGCGGCCCGCAGCGGCCCGCGAUAUCCCCUCCGACCUCAUCGACAGCAGCACAGUGGUGAGAGGAUUCAGCGAUUCCCGGAGGCUGCAGUAUUUUAGGAAAAAGUUCCCAAAUGAGGAACGCGUCAUUGAGCACAUUCAGAAAUCUCGCACUAUCUUCAUCAUGUGCCACAUUCCCAUGUUCUGCUGGCUCAUUGCCACAGUUCUUCAGGAUCAUUUGGACAAAGGGAAGGAGGGAGAGCUUCCCACAACGCUGACUGACAUGUACUCAGAGUUAAUAGGUCACCUGCUGGACAACUCCAAGGAGAGAAAUACAACGGAGCACAUCCCUUAUGUGAAAGUGUUCGCAAAACUGGCUUUUCACCACACCAUGAAUAAUCGUCGGAUCUUCUACGAGAAGGACCUGGUGGACGGCAGCUUUGAUUACAGCGAAGCUGCAAAACACUGUGGUUUAUUCACAGAGGUGUUUAACGAUGUCCGUCCGCUCAGAAGAAAAGAACAGGGCAAGAUGUUUCAAUUUAUCCAUCUAACCAUCCAGGAGUAUCUGGCCGCACUGUACGUAAUGAUGUGUCUCUUCCACGACAACAAGAACGUACUGAAUGAUUCAGGAUUGUCACUGGGAAAUAGUUUUUCGACACAGACGACAAUCACCGACGUCCACAAGUCAGCUCUCAAGAAAGCUUCGGAGAGUGAAGGACACCUGGACCUGUUCCUCCGCUUCCUCAUCGGCCUUUCCUUGCCGUGCAACCAGGAACUAUUGGGGGAACUGCUGAAGGCUCCACAGGGCUGCGGGCAAAGCAAGUCAAAGACAGUCGAGUUGAUCAAGAAAAAGAUCAAACAGAACACUCCAGAGAAGAACAUCAACCUGUUCUACUGCUUAAACGAGCUGAAGGACAACUCCUUGCAGAAGCAGAUCCAGCAGGAACUAGAUUCAGGACGUUUGUCCUGGCGUCAAAUGUCAAAUGAAAUGUGGUCGGCCCUGGCCUUCUUCUUGUUUACAGACGAGGAAACCAUGAAGUCUUUUAUUCUUGCCAGCUACUCCCCAUCGCCGCUGGGGCUCGAGAAGCUGCUGUUGGUGGUCAAGGCUUCUCAAAAAUCAGUUCUAGCCAACUGUAACCUGGACAAACGCAGUUGUCACCUGAUGGCUUCUGUUCUCAACGCUCCAUCCAACCUGAGGCAUCUGGACCUGAGUGUCAACAACAAUGUGUCGGACGAGGGGGUCGAGAUCCUCUCAAAAGGACUGGCCAGUCCGCACUGUAUCUUACAAGUCCUCAAGCUAUCACGGUGCGGGAUCACCAGUGGAGGAUGUGUUUCAUUGGCUGAGGCUCUCAAGUUAAACCCCAUCCAUCUUCAAGAGCUUGACCUGAGCUGCAACAAUCUGUCAGAUGAGGGGGUUGAGAUCCUCUCAAAAGGACUGGCCAGCCCACGCGGCAUCUUAAAAGUCCUCAGGCUGUACGACUGUGGGAUCACCAACAAAGGAUGCGUUUCAUUGGCCAAGGUGCUCAAGGUAAAACCCUGCCAUCUUCAAGAGUUGAUUCUCAGCGACAAUCGAAUAGAGGAAGAAGGAAAGAGGGUCUUAUUGGAGAUCAGGGAGGAUCCAAGCUACAGUCUGAAGACUGUCAAAUUUAACGAGUGGAACUAAGAAGACCGUUUGGUCCUUACCGUCAAGAAGGAUUUAGUUACGGGCAAAGCGGCCUCUUUCACCGAAUUCGAGGAGGUCAGCGUCGGGUUCUUUGCAGCAACGCCGCUACUGGGAGGCGGAGUUCAAGGGGAAGGUCUAUGACGUUGCCACCAAACUGUGUGCAGAUGUUUUCAUCCAUAUGUACUGGGAGGGGCCAUCCAAAAAGGUCGGUCUUAAAGCACCGUCAAUGGCAGCCAGUGAGGUCAAUAAGUACCCUUUAAGGGGUUAUG